AUGUUUGUAGUAUUAAGUGCAUCAGUGUUAAUUGACAAGGUUAAUAGUGAUCAAAAUAAUAGAGCAAUUGAUGUUGGAUGGGAAGCUAUAAAUCCACCUUUUGAUCCAAAUAUAUACGAGGAAAUUUUAGAUGCUGAGCUAUGUGCAAAACAAUUACAAUAUUUGAUUUUGAACGAUACGCUUUUAAUGAUGACAUUUCUCGAGGCAGGCCCAAGGAUACCGAGAGGGAUUUUGCAAGGUAAUCUUCUAGAUCUAGGAAAUUAUCACCAAUGUCUUGGUAUUAACAGAGAAAUUGAAGAUAUGGUUAUUGGUGGAAAGUAUUGUCGAAUAAGAAUUGGAUUGUCAGAUCUUGAGAACUUAGAAAGUGCAACUGAAUUGGACGACGUAAUAAAAGCUGUAGAUACCGUAAAGGAAGAAAUACAUUUAUAUGAAAAAUUACGAGAAAAUAUAGAAUUUAUGGGUGGUAAAGAAAUUAAGAACACUUUAAGAUCUGGUUCAAAUAAUAUGGGUGCUUUACGCUUUACUGUAUCUAUUUGUAUACCAAAACCAUGCUCCAUAAGACAGGCAUUGCCGAAUCUCAUUGGUACUCAGUUGAUCGAUUUUGAGGAACAAUUUUGCCGAUUCAAAAAUGACAAACCCUGGGCACCAGGGCUGUAUGUGGCUAUUGUUGUCUUCAGUUUCAUUGGUUUACUGGCCAUUCUUAGUACAAGCUACGAUAUAUGGAAUACGGUUAUUCAUAAACGAGCCUCACUAUUUCUACUUAGGACCUGGAUUGACUAUCCCAAAUCUCUCAGUACAAUUUGCCAAUCGUUCUCAAUGUACACAAAUUCUCGUCGUCUCAUCACAUAUAAACCAGUUCGCGGUGCUUUAGAGUGUAUCGACGGUAUCAGAGCAAUAUCCAUGGCUUGGAUUGUGAUUGGGCACACAUUUAGUGGUUAUCCACCACUUAUAAAUAACCUGGACUAUUUUUGGUGGAUUAUGUCAUUUAGUUCCAUGUGGGUGACUACAGCCCAUAUUGGCGUGGACACUUUCUUCGUAUUAAGCGGUUUGCUGGUUGUCUACACUACUGUUGGAAAAAUUAGUAAUAUGAAACUAUUAAAGAAUCUGCAUCUGUUUUACCUCAAUCGAUUUCUACGAAUGUUUCCUCUACUAGCCGCUACUGUGUUGCUACAAGUUGGUGUAACACAUUAUAUUUACGAUGGUGCAAUGUGGACUGUAGUAGCUGAUGUCACAAAUGAAUGUAGGACGACCUGGUGGUUAUCAUUACUUCACGUACAAAAUUUUUUUCGACCCGUAUGUUUAUCUCAUUCCUGGUAUUUAGCAAUUGAUAUGCAACUUCAUAUUCUGUCUCCACUGAUUUUGUUUUGGGUAUUAUCAGGCAAAAGAAAUAGCGCGUGGUCGGCUUUGAUUGUGGCAUUAUUAGUUUCUCUCAUUGCGUCAUCAAUUUACAUAUUCCUGAAUAAUUUUGUUGCGUCUGGUAUACGACCUGUAGUGAGACCAGGAGAGAAUCAAAGAUACACGAGAUAUUAUUAUUACAAUACGUUAACAAGAUGCUCACCUUUCUUUGUCGGGAUGUGCUUCGGGUAUUUGAUCCACUUUUGGCGAGAAAAGAAUAUUCGAUUAACAAAGAUCUUGAAUUGUACAUUAUGGAUCGUCAACUUACCUGUACUGUGGCUGGCUCUCUAUGCGACUGAGCCAUUGAAAAAUGCUGACUUUGAUAACCAAACUUUUGAGAACUUUGCUAAUUCCUUCAUGCGACCAGUGUGGGCUCUCGGGCUUGGCUGGCUUAUACUUGCAUGCGCUGAGGGUUACGGAGGCCCAAUCAACUGGUUCUUGUCACUACGAAUGUGGAAACUGCCGUCUCGACUUUCGUACGCGAUAUAUUUGUUGCAUGUGCCUAUACAAUACGUUACAAUAGGAGCAGCUUCGCAACACAUUUACUUUUCUGCAUUCAAUUUUAUUUACAUAUUCUGCAGUCAAUUUGUAAUAUAUUUCAUAGUCAGCUUUAUUUUUACCAUUCUGAUUGAUUCUCCGUGUGCCACACUUUUUAAAGAGUUUUUAGGAAGUGGUAUAAAAAAAUCCGAUUCAGACCAAAGAGGUGACGACAAAGCACUCGAAACUCAACAUAUGACUGGUCAGCAAAAAACGAAUUAACCAAUAAGCAAAAUUAAAACGCAGUAUGAUGUAUUCUAAUGAUUAUGAAACCCAUAUACAUAUUUAUUAUCUACGUCAGUGUAAACGAAAACGCCAGUUAUUUUUAUACAUUUUUUAAAUUUAAUUCUUUGUGAUUUCUUGUAAUUGGAAUACAGAAUAUAUAAAAAUCAACUGAUAAAAAGAACCAAUUCAUUGUGUUACUCAAUUCUGAAGCUCAAAACAGACAAUUUAUAUAAGCGGU